GUUGAGAAUUCUUCAUCUUUGGUGAAAAUGUCCGGCAGAGGAAAAGGAUGGAAAGGACUCUGUAAAGUAGGCGCCAAGCGUCACCGUAAAGUCCUCCGUGAUAACAUCCAGGGAAUCGCCAAACCCACUAUCCGCCACCUGGCUCGCCACGGUGGAGUGAAGCGCGUCUCCAGUCUGAUCUAUGAGGAGACCUGCGCUCUGUCUCUGCCAUUGGAGCAUGUGGUUGCCGCUAUCCCAUAUUACAUCUCUGCCACUCAGCACCAACGGAUCAGCAAUCCAAUUUCACACAAGCGCGCUCAGAGGGAGGUAAUGCUGACGUAG